AUGUGUCCUAAAUUGAACGGCAAAUCAUCACUAUACAAUAUUACGGGGAUAAAGUCGGGGUCUAUAGAUGACGCCGAUAGCACCGAUAGCGAAGAGGUAAACAACUUUUCUUUAAAUACAAAUCAGUCAAAAUUGUUUGCACCAUACACGGUAGAUGUUUCCAUCGACGGAGUAUCAUUGACUAUGGAGGUAGAUACGGGGCUUGGGCCGGUUCACCGGGGGAAAGAUCGGGUUCCAUUUGCGCGCCGACGCGCGGCCGCGUUUAUUCGCGCGCGCCCACUGGCGUACGCGCUGCGUGAGCCCGUGGAGCGCGCGCUGGCGCAGAUGGUGCGCGACGGAAUCCUGACGCCGGUCACCACCUCCGACUGGGCCACACCGAUUGUGCCGGUUAUUAAGAAAGAUGGCUCCAUAAGGGUAUGCGCCGAUUAUAAAUUGACUUUAAAUAAGUGUCUAGAGGUGGAUCACUAUCCGUUACCGAAGGUCGAAGACCUGCUCACGAAGUUGCACGGGGGAGAGAAAUUUACGAAGCUUGAUUUAUCACAAGCUUACGCACAGUUCGAGCUAGACGAUUCUAAAAAGUACACGGUGAUAAACACGCAUAAAGGGCUUUUCAUGUACAACAGGCUAAUUUAUGGUCUAGCGUCGAGCCCGGGCAUUUUUCAAAGGAAACUAGAACAGCUGUUUUCGGAUAUGCCACGGGUGGGGGUUUUUCUAGAUGAUUUAAUUAUCACAGGGGUAGACGACCGGUCGCAUUUAAAUACGUUGCAUGAAGUUUUUGAUAGGUUGCAAAAAUACGGUUUGAGGAUAAAAAGAGACAAAUGCACUUUUUUCGCAGAUUCCGUUACGUACUUAGGGUUCACUAUAAGCAAACGGGGUGUGCAUACGUGUCCGGAUAAGAUCGAAGCAAUAAAAAAGGUAGCAGCGCCGGCAAACGUGUCCGAGUUGCGAUCUUUCCUUGGACUAGUAAUGUAUUACGCGAAGUUCGUACCCAAUAUAAGCACCAUCUUAGGCCCACUGUACACGUUGUUACGGAAAGGAGUCAAGUACGAGUGGAGUGAAGACUGCGCCCGUUCGUUCGAAAAGGUGAAAGAAAUGUUGAUUUCUAGCGAUGUCUUAGCACACUACUCUCCCGAGCUGCCUCUCGUGCUGACGACGGACGCGAGCGCGACGGGCGUGGGCGCCGUGAUCUCCCACCUCGCGGCGGGCGCGGACGGCGACGACGCCGAGCGGCCAAUAGCCUACGCGUCGCGGGUCCUGAAUGCAGCCGAGAAAGGCUAUUCACAAAUAGAACGGGAGGCGCUCGCUAUCAUUUACGGCGCACGUAAAUUUCACCAAUAUCUUUACGGUAGGAAAUUUAUAUUGCGCACGGACCACAAGCCAUUGGUGACCAUUUUCGGGAAUAAGACUGGAAUCCCGGUAAUGGCGGCCAGUAGGUUGCAGAGGUGGGCGGUAAUUUUGGCGGGCUACGAUUAUAGUAUCGAGUAUGUGCGUAGCGAAAAUAACGCCGCGGAUGCGUUGUCACGAUUGCCCGUAGGAAAAGAGAAACGACAAGGCAAAGAAUCGAUGUACUUGAAUUUUAUUCAAAAUUUCCUUCCCAUUACGAGGAAAACUGUUCAGGAACAGACCAGCAAGGAUAACGUACUAAAAAAGGUGUACUUUUACGUACAGUCCGGGUGGCCGGUGGUCUGCAAGGAAGAAAUAUUAAAGCCGUAUUUUCUUAGGCGUAACGAAUUUUAUAUAGAGAUGGGCUGUAUUAUUUGGGGUUAUCGAUUGGUAAUACCUGAUGUUUUAAGGGAAAAUUUAUUGAAAGAAUUGCAUGUAGGCUAUUUAGGCAUUGUCAAAAUGAAGAGCAUCGCCAGAAGCAUAAUUUGGUGGCCCGGAAUCGACAGUAGUAUUGAAAGCUGGGCCAAGCAGUGCACGACGUGCGCACUGGAGGGCACGGCGCCCCCGCGGGUGCCGCCGCAGCCGUGGCCGCACGUCGUCGAGCCGUGGUCACGGUUACAUAUCGACUUCUUAGGGCCAUUACACGGCGAAACAUUUUUAAUUAUUAUUGAUUCCACCACCAAAUGGUUGGAAAUAUUUAAAAUGAAACAAACGACGGCAGAGGCAGUCAUUAAAGUACUCCGCGAGACGUUUGCUCGGUUUGGUUUGCCAAAAGAAGUCGUAUCCGACAACGGACCACCGUUUACUAGUCGCGAAUAUGCCGAUUUUAUGGUAACAAACGGAAUAAAAAUUACGUUUACAGCAGCGUAUCACCCAUCGUCCAAUGGAGCCGCGGAAAAUGCCGUUAAUCUGCGCAAACGGGCGAUAAAGAAGUCGCGGAGAGACGGCUGCGAAGUAGACGCUGCUCUGCAGGCAUACCUCAUGAUGUACAGGAACGUAGAACACAGCUCCACGGGAGCGUCGCCUGCAAUGCGUUUGCAACGUAGGAGCUUAAGAUCUAGACUAGACUUAUUGAGGGGAGAUAGGCAGGUGGAAGGCAAGGUACAGAAUGCUCAGCGUAAACAAGUUUCUCACGCGGGGGGCUCGCUGCGGAAUUUUGAUGUAGGGGACACCGUGUGGGCACGGGAUUUUACGGGAGGAAGGUGGUUAGGUGGUCAGAUCGAGGAAAGAGUAGGCUCUCGCAACUUCGUGAUUAGUAGGGGGAAUGGUCCACCUAUAAAAAGACAUGUGGAUCAAAUAAAGAAAAGACGUAGUAGCUAUGGCGUGGCCCUGUCGGAAGCGGUGGAGACCCCACCUGAGGUGGCCAGCGGUCAGGAUGCCGUAGCAAGAUCCGAUGCUGCUGAGGUAUCGACUACCGUAGAGCCGCACUACAUGAGAGCUAUAGACACGGAAGUAGGUGCUUUAUUGAAAGAUACCAGACAACAGUGCCGACCUAUGUCCAACGAAUCUUCUUCCUGCGAAUUCGGCAGCGUCGACGCCCGAUCGGCAGCGUUGAAGUCCGAUUGGCCGCAUCAACGAUCGAAUGACUCCGAUCUGAGACGAUGCUGGCUGAACGGCGGCGCUGAGGCCGCGACGACGACGUCCAAACAGCCGCAUCGACGAUCGAAAGGGCGUGUCGACGGCGAAUCGACUUAA